AUGCAAGAAACGAUAGAGCAUUUGACAAAUAGGUUAGAUCGACUAAAUGAGUUGUUAUCCAAUCAAGAUGAAAAAUCUACCACGUUGACGGGUCAAAUUGACCAUUUGAGACACCGACUAAAUGGCAUUUAUCAAAGUCAUCGGGAUUAUGCUAAAUUGGAAACUAUUUUGAAGGAGUUGAAGAUUGCCAACAAAUGCUCGCAAUUGGAGCUGAAAACUGGUGACCAGCUCUCCCAGGAUGUUAAAGAAGAGGAAAUCAUGUUAUAUUAUGGCGAUAUCUUGGAAAAUUACUCGAGUAUGGUUGAAUUGGAAAAUAUGGGGUAUGAUUCAUUGAUUGAUAAGAUAAAUGUCAUCAUUUCUAACUCAAGUAUCGAAGAUAUUAGAACAGAGCUCAAGCUGAGAGAAGAGCAAAUAAGAAAGGUCCAUCUAAUAUAUAGGAUCUUGGUGCUCAAAAAUAUGAUGAUUUACGAGAAAUACGUAGCAAGUACAAUCAACAUGAACAAAUUUUGGCUACAUGUAAGCCAAAAAUUGGCAACUGCUAAUCAAGAGUUGAAAAAACGGCAUGAUAAGUUGAAAGAGGAUAGUAGGUACUGA